ACCAUUUAAUUGUUUACGUUUUAUAUUUAUUUUUAAUUAAAUAGCAUGCCGACUUUUGCCAAUUUUAAUGUAAAAACCACGAUUGACUGCAAGCAAGGAGCAGUUCGAGCUGUGCGCUACAAUGUUGACGGCACCUAUUGCUUGAGCUGUGGCUCUGACAAGAAGAUAAAACUGUGGAACCCGGGGUCGGGAUUACUUCUCAAAACCUACGGUGGACAUGCGGACGAGGUGACCGAUGCUGCGGGCAGCUGUGAGAGCAGCUACAUUGUCUCUGCCAGCCUGGAUAAGAGCAUUAUCUACUGGGACGUGUCCACAGGAACCCCUGUAAGACGCCUGCGUGGCCAUGCCGGCGGCGUUCGCUGCGUUUGCUUCAACGAGGACUCUUCGGUGGCCAUUUCCGGCGGCCGGGACAAUGCCGUCAUGUGCUGGGACAUCCGAACACGACGCCUAGAUCCCGUCCAGGUGAUGAAAGAGGCUCGCGAUUGCAUCACCACUGUGCUGACCAACGAGAACAAGAUCUAUGCUGCCUCCCUGGACGGCUGUGUGCGGACCUACGAUAUCCGUGUGGGUGAACUCACCUGCGACAAGGUGGGCGAACCCAUCACCUAUCUGGGUCAAACGCGCGACGAGCAGUGCCUGGUGGCUGGCUGCCAGGAUAGCGUGGUGCGACUGCUGGACUGUGAGACGGGAGGCUUGCUAUCCGAAUACAAGGGCCACCGGGGAGAUGACUAUCACAUCGAGUGCGGAAUACUGGCCAACGAUGCCCACAUUGUGUCCGGGUCCAGUGACGGCGAUGCUCUGAUCUGGGACCUGCUCGAGGGCAAAGUUCUCCAACGUAUUCGAAUCAGUGAUAAUGGCGGUGUUGUUCACUCGUUGGCCACUCAUCCCAAACGGCAGGAGCUGCUCUUUGCCAGGCGCCGGGAUAUGUAUGUCUUUUCAGCGGAUUUGCAAAUCGAAGUGGAGCAAUUGUAGUAUGAUUUAAUUUAUUAUUAAGCUAGUGAUAGAGAGAUACUAAUGAGAAUAAGAAUAUAAGUAUAGAAAUCAACUAGUAUACCAAAAUCAAGUCCCAGUUAUUGCAGGAAUUCUAAAAUUUCCAAGAACGAAAUUUAAUAUUUUGAAAAAUUUUGGAAAAUAUGAAUAUGACUCAUACCAACCAUUAGGUUUUUAGCUUUCAGAUGCCACUAAAAGGAACUAAGCUAAUGGCACUUUAGGGACUUUAAAUCAAUAUUUUCAUUUCAUUGACAUUGAAAAUGACUUCUUCACUUUCGAACGAGAAUCGACAAACUCAAAAAUUUCCUCCUCAAGUCAAUCACAUCUUAAUAUUUGUGGAUUAAAUAGGCGAAGAAAAUAACUAAAUUUAGGCAUACACCAUAGAACUACCUUGUUAAAAUUGUAUCUUAAAAAUAUAAGGCCCUUUUAAGAUAAUAUAUUAAAAACUCCACCCCCCAAAAAGAAUUAAAAAUCAACUUGUAAGUCAUUUUCUUGUUGAGGGAAAAAGGAAAAACCAUUUAUUUGACAUAAUGUUUUGUAAUUUUUUUGUUUUGUUUUGUUUGUAGUUUUUGUUUUCAUAUAAGAGCAUGAAUAUGAAUGUAUGUAGUAAUAUGUGGUUGUAUGUAUGGAUCUGGCUUCAAUUUCAAUUUUCGAUUUUCGUACAUAAUUUUCUUUGUUUAACUAUUAAACGGCCUGCAUAAUGUUGUUGUUGUUGUUUUCUUAAUCAUAAUUCGAAUGCAGGACACAUGAGCGUGCGGUAUCGUGUGAUUGUAUGCGUGCUGCUAGUCCUCUGCAGGCAACUACCGAUCUCUCUUCAUCAUUCUCAUAUCUCUCUCCUUGUGGGGAAAUAAUGCGGGACGCCAAGCCGCGGCAAUGCUGCGCGGAACGCAAAGAAAAUUCGAGCUCAGAUUCGAAUUUCGAAUAGGAUCGAGCUGAUUGCUGGUACACUUGGUGUUGCAGCUGGCAGCUACGAAACGCACAGCAUCGGCGCGGCUUGGCGAAGAAGAGAGUUGUCGGUUCUGCAGAGAACGCGCACACACAACCACGUAGCGCCCUCUCCCUCAGGCAUACGCAUUCUUAAAUGGGGAGAAGAAUUUGGGGGACUUGGGGAGAAGGAUCGAGGAUGGUCGUACAUACUUAUGUCACUAAAGCAUAUUAAAUAUGUAUGCAAAGUAUCCUUGUGUUUUAUUUUAUUGUAGUUUAGUAGUAAUAUUAUGUAAUGUUCCGUUACUUAUGUGUUUAUGUACUCUGCUUGUGUACUAUUUAUAUAUGUUUAUGUUUAUGGUAGGUAUGAAUAAUUUGUAUAUAAUUUAUAUUUAUAUAUAUAUAUAUGUAUUUUAUAAUAGUUUAUAUAAUAAACGAUUUCCACUUGUUUUUUUAUGUUUUUAGUUCUGUUUUUUUUUAGAUUGUUUUAAUUUUUUGCUUGUGGUUUUAUUUCGAAUUAUUUUUUACGUUUUUUUUUUAGGGUUUUUUCUCUCAUUCGCUUACAUAAUUAGACUUAAAAAAUUUUUACACAAAUAUAUCAACAAAAACUCAAUAAGUUGCAUUCAAAGUAUAUAAUAUAUAGUAUAAUAUGUAUUCAAAUUACAAAUAAAAAUAAUAAUUUAAAAAAAGUAAAAAUUAAUGCGAUGGUGUUUAUAGAGUUCAAAAAAAUGAAUAUAAACAGAAAAAUUCAUAAAUUUUAUGUCUAUUUUCUUUUCUUCUUCUUUCUUUGUACUCUCUGUUUUGUUGUUUUGUUUUCGUUCAAUUUAUCUUGUUUGUUUCGUUAUUUUCUGUUCGUUUUCUGUUCUAUUUUUUGUUUGUUGUCGUAAAUCAAUUGCUCUGUUUUUCUUGUAGUUGCUUUUUUUAUGUUUUCUGUAUUUUAAUUCUAGUUUUUUCUUAACCAAUAAAUGAACAAAUGUUACGACGUGUAUUUUUUCUUUGCGUU